UUUUUCAGUGUUAUCAUUUUACAAAAUUUAAAAAGGUACCUAGAAAAAUUCAAAAAUGUUCUAAACCAAAGUUGUGAUGAGUGAUAAAAAUUGAUAAAGAAAGUUUGGUGUCAUUCAUAACUUCGAAAUUUUCAUUCAAAAUUGUCUGCUGGUUUUCAGUGCUCUCAAGUAUCCAUUGCAGUAGAAAAUGCCUUUGCUUGGAGAAGUUUUUCCCGAUUUUGAGGCAGACACAACAGUUGGCCCGAUAAAAUUUCACGAUUGGCUCGGAGAUGGGUGGGGAAUUCUAUUUUCGCAUCCAUCUGAUUAUACACCUGUAUGUACAACAGAACUGGCUCGAGUUGCUAAUUUGAUCCCCGAAUUUGCUAAACGCAAUGUGAAGGUCGUUGCCCUUUCGUGUGACUCGGUUGAGUCACAUCAAGGAUGGAUUAACGAUAUCAAAAGUUUUGGAGGUAUAAUUGGCGAUGGAUUUCCGUAUCCGAUUAUUGCCGACGAAAAAAGAGAUUUAGCUGUGAAGUUAGGAAUGUUGGACCCCGCUGAAAAAGACUCCAAAGGAUUACCUUUAACUUGUCGAGCUGUAUUUGUAAUAAAUCCGGAUAAGAAGCUGGCUCUUUCUAUUUUAUAUCCAGCAACUACUGGCCGUAAUUUCGACGAGAUUUUGAGAAUAAUCGACUCCUUGCAAUUAACUGCUGUUAAAAAAGUUGCAACACCUGUCGAUUGGAAGAAUGGAAGCGAAUGUAUGAUUCUUCCAACCUUAUCCGAAGACGAAGCUCAGAAAAAUUUUGCCCGGUAUUCCAGUGUCAAAGUUCCGUCGGGUAAAAAUUACAUUCGUAUGACGAAAGAUUAUUAAAUGAAGUAUUUUUUAACUUAUUUUUGUAUCAAUUGGACCAGUCAUUAUUCGUUUUUUGAAGUAUUGAAAUAAUUUUGUUCGUCUUUUUUUUCUACUAUUAGCUAUACUUAGAAUUAAUGAACCAGUUAUCAUUAAAAAUAAUGUCUUAUUGAAUGAUGUUUUUGAAAAAUCUUUCAAAACUUAUUUUUGUUAAAAUUUUGAUAAAAGAAAAACUGAUUACACGAUAAUAAUUUAUUAUAAUC